GGUCCAAUUGGAUAAGUACAAUUUCUACGCCUUUAAGGAACUUACAAAAUUUUCUUACCUUACAAACUCGUAAACCUCAACUGAACAAGUAUCGAGAUGAAAGUUCUAAGCCUCAACUUCUUGACCUGCGCGGUCAAGGCGUGCAAAAGUUCGUCGAAUUCUUAUCCUCUGCACCCUAAAGAUGCAGAGCUGGUGCAGGAUGAUAUCGAGGUGAACGCAAAACUUUUGAUAAAUUUGCUGCCCCGCAUCGACUGGACGGCGCUAUCUACUACUGCGACAGAGCUCGGCUUCCCAGCCCUACCAUCGCAACCACCAACAGAGGAGGAAUUAGAAAGUGACGAGAAGACACUCAAGGAUCUCCAUAACUUACUCAUGGAAACGCAGAUUAUGGAGGGAAAGCUUGUUUGCGCCAACUGUGGCCAUGAAUACGCUGUUCGGGAGGGCAUCGCGAAUUUCCUCCUCCCAAGUCACUUGGUCUGAUCGCAUUAUCAUUUUGGCCGAGGGGAA